UUACAUUGUUGUAACAUGUGGAACUGCCGUUAAGAUAUGAAAUAAAUCCCUUAUUUAGUGGAAUUUAGAAGGAAAAAACAUGGAUUUUUACGCAAGUCAGCGACUUUACGCAAGACAACAGCGGCACGUGCAGCGGGCGGAGAUGAACCAGGACGCGCAGGUGCACGUGGUGCUGGACGUUGACGGGACCACGGCUCCUAUUACUGUUGUUUCUGGGGAGGAGCGGCCUUACUACGAUACCCUGAGGAAUAGAUGCAAGAGGACCACCGACUUCCGGAGGGAUUACCGACGACCAGAUGAACCCUCAGACGGAUAUUUAUCAACCAUACGUAAAGGGCUGUCGUCCUGCUGUCGCUGUGAUGCGCAAGCGCGGCGGAAGAUGUUUUCCAAGCGGUUUCCGGUGUGGCGGAUCAUGAAGAAGUACCAGUGGCGGACGGACCUACCCAAUGACCUCGUUUCCGGUCUUACGGUUGGCAUCAUGCAGCUCCCACAAGGUAUGGCGUACGCUCUGCUGGCAGAGUUACCGCCCGUGGUUGGCCUCUACAUGGCGUUCUUCCCUGUGCUUAUAUACUUCCUGUUUGGAACCUCGCGACACAUUUCCAUGGGCACUGUGGCACUCUGCAGCUUACUGACGGGCUCGGUGAUAUCGCGGUUCUACACGCCGGAACUGGCGGCCACCGUGUUGGGAACGAACCGGACGGAGGGCAUCCUCCACAACAUGACCAUCCCGGAAAACGCCAAGGACGAGCCCGUGGAGAUUGAGCUGCCUAAUGACGUCAAAUUCGCCAUCGCGUCGUCCGUAUGUCUGCUGGUUGGGAUUGUUCAGACAGCGAUGGGUUUCCUUAAGAUGGGUUUCAUCACGACGUACAUGUCUGACCCGAUGAUCGGCGGGUUCACCACUGGGGCCGCCGUGCACGUGGGCACCAGCCAGGUGAAGUAUGUGUUCGGCCUUCAUAUACCACGGUCAGACGGCGUCUUUCAGAUUCCCAAGACGUACGCUCUGAUAUUCCACCACAUUGGGGAGUCUAACGUCCCGACCCUGGUCAUGUCGGCCGUCUGUAUGGUGAUCUUGUACGUCGUCAAGGUGCACGUGAACCAGCGUUUCAAGGACAAGAUGCGGUUCCCCGUCCCCGUAGAGCUCUUUGUGGUUGUUGCUGCAACUUUGGUGUCCCAUUAUCUCAGCUUUGCGGAGAAAUACCACAUGAAAAUUGUCGGCAAAAUACCUCCUGGGUUGCCGACGCCGACGAUGCCGAGCCUCCCGAAGGCGAGUGUGUACACGGCGGACGCGUUCAUUAUCGCCAUCGUGGCCUUCUCUCAGUGCGUAUCUCUUGCCGCACUCUUCGCCAAGAAACACGGCUACAGCUACGACCCCAACCAGGAGUUGAUAGCGUACGGCCUCGGAAACGUGUUUGGUUCAUUUUUCGCCUGCUACCCCUACGCCGCGUCCGUGUCACGGAGCUCCGUCCAGGAGUCCGCCGGCGGACGGACACAGCUGGCCAGUGUGGUGUCAGCGACUAUGGUGCUUAUUGUGAUCGUCUCUAUAGGACCACUGUUCGAAUCACUGCCUAAUUGUGUUUUAGCUUCCAUGAUCAUGGUGGCCUUACGGAGUCUGUUUCUACAGUUUAAGGAGCUACCACACAUCUACAGAACGUCCGCGUAUGACUUUUGGAUCUGGGUGGUGACGUUCCUGUCGACGGUCGUGCUGCACGUGGACUACGGGAUACUCCUCGGAAUGCUCUUCUCCUUCUUCACCGUCGUCGUCCGCGCUCAAAGAACGAAGGCAGAAAACUUGCAGAAAAUCGAUGAAUUAUAUGUCUACGAAAACAGCUCACAAUUUAGACAAACGCAAUCUACCGCCGGUGUCAAGGUGAUUGGAUUCAACUCGCCAAUCUACUACGCUAACGGCGCCCUGUUCAUGAAGCAAGUGUUCGCGGUGUCCGGGGUUGUCCCGGAGAAGAGACUGAAGGCGCUCAAGAAGAUGCAGAAGGCUGAUGAUGCAAACACGAAUGGGACAAAUCACUUUGUGACCCUGGUGAACGAGUCCAACGAGAUGAGCUCUUCCCUGAGUCUUGACAAAGGCGGGGGCGGUGAGGAAAAGUCAUCCGCGGCGAGGGCAGGUCGCGGCCGGUGGACGGAUGCGGCGAAGGGCUCAACACGACAGGCGAACAUGGUGACGGCGUCGGUGGACGGCGUGCUGCUUCAUCACAUCGUCCUUGACCUCUCCCGGGUCUGCUUCAUCGACACCGUCGGGGCUAAGAUUUUAAGACAGGUCGUCAUGGACUAUGAAACCGUUCAGGUGACCGUGUUUCUAUGCUGUGUCAAUGAGGAGGUAUGGCGAGUGUUGGAUACAACAGGUUUCCUUGACGACUACGAUGACCGCCUCUAUCUGACCGUGGACGACGCAAUCAACGCCAUCAACCUUAGAGUUCACGUGCGAAACACUAUCGAAACUAAGCAAUCAGAAGUCAACAAAAUGAGAAAUCUCAUUUGUCUACGGUAUUUGAGACAUCCCGCGCACUAUGAGUCCGAAACUGUACCGUGUAAACACGCAUCUGGAUGCCCAGGAGAGCGACUCGCUACUCGAACUCGACCGGGAGUCAACUUUGUAAAUCACAUCUAAGUUUUUAGAUAGAGGGCACGUAAAUAUAUACAUGUACAGUCGAACCCCGUUGACUCGAACUCCAAGGGACCGGCAAAAAUACAUCGAGCCUCGGAAAACUCGAGCGAAGCGGGAUUAUUUACCUUCAGUCAUUCGGAACACCUCGGCCAUUUUUAUCGAAAACAACCUCGGAUGUAUGCCGGUACAUCGGUUAAAGUAGUUCGUAAAUUUUUGAAUUAUAUCAUUUAUGAAAUGUAGUGUUUUAGAAUUGUAUUUAUUGAUCUAAGUUUAAAUUGAUUGCCAGUGAAAUAUAUUAUUGCAAACAUAAUUAAGAUUUCCAAGAGUAAAGUCAUAAAGUUUAACUGCUAAAUAAAAUCACUCCGCGAUCUUCUUGCAGUGGACUUAAACGUACCAUUUUUUUGAGUAUGUAAACCGUCCAAAUACAUCCGAGGUUGUUUUCGAUAAAAAUGGCCGAGGAGCUCCGAAUGUACCUUCAGUAUGAAGAAAUCGAUCAUUUACAUCUAGUUCGAGUAAACGAGGAAUUCGAACCAAGCGAGUUCGAGCGAACGGGGUUCGACUGUACAUGUAUAUAAUAUGUACAAGACUGCAAACAUUGAUGGGACCAUUACAACAUACAACGCAUAGACAUCCAGAGAAGCUUCUGUUGGUUAUAUUACCAUAACGUCAGAAAGAGCAUUCUUAGAAUAAGCCCCUGUCAUAUUGAUAAAAGGACGAUAUCUCGGCUGUGGAUGAUUGGCCGAUUUACUUCCGUGUGUAUGAGAUACUAGUUUGUUAUAAAGUAACUACACGUUUAAUACAGAGUGUGUAUACCACGUGGUAAAUUGCGUCAUAAAUGCUACGUCGGAAGGCAAUAUUUUGAUUUGAAAAAAGACUUGAAACAAAGAUAACUUCACUAUUUCUUCACCAUUUUAAAUAAAACAUAGCGCAGUCUACGCCGCUUACGGAGCCCCAUCUUCGGUCUUUUACCAAAAUAUGAUAUUUUGUUUAGUUUCUUAAAACACUUCAACAAACCUUUUCACAAUACGGCCGUCUGACGGAGCACUGUCAAAACAUUAUUUUAGAAACAGGUUUGUGUUUGAUGAAACUAAUGACCUCAUCAAAUUUCGGAAAUAAAACAAAUGCGGGGCUCUUUAAGCUGCAUAGACUGCCCUUUAUUUCAUUUAAAAUGGUGUUGUAAAUGAAAAGUUAUCUUUGA